AUCACUUUAUCACGCUUGAUCUUUGACCUGCAGCUGCUGCGCACUGAGUCUGCAGUGGAGUAGAGAGUGAAGCGCGCCUCCUCAGAUGGCGUUUUUCUCAGUGACCUGCAUUUGAGCAGCGUGACAGGACUAGAUCAGAACCGAUGGCAAAGGCAGAGUACUCAGAAACCUCAGAGCCCAGGCAGAUCGGACCGGAUUCAGAGUCCGAUUCGGAUCCGGAGGACCACUUGCCCAGUGUGAACGCAGGGGCUGGAUUGGAGUCGUGCCGGCGCACUCAGGUGAUCCACAGCGGACACUUCAUGGUGUCCUCGCCGCACAGUGACUCAGUCAGGAGGAGAAGCGCGGCUCUCUAUAAUGCUGAUAACUAUGAUUUUGACACCGUUAAUAAACCGGAUUGCCAGACCUACAGCUUCGGUCCACUGAGCUCCAGACUGCUGAGCAUCGACCCCACGCUCACGCGCCUGUUUGAAUGCAUGACACUGGCGUACAGUGGGAAGAUCGUGUCUCCAAAGUGGAAGUCUUUCAAAGGCUUGAGGUUGUUGUGGAGGGAUAAAAUCCGGCUGAAUAACGGCAUUUGGAGGGCCUGGUUCAUUCAGUAUGUGGAGAAAAGGAAGAACCCCGUGUGUGGGUUUGUUACGCCGCUGGAGGGUUCGGAGGCGGAUGCUCACGGCAAACCUGAGGCGAUUGUUUUGGAGGGAAGCUACUGGAAGAGACGGAUAGAGGUGGUGAUAAAGGAAUAUCACAAGUGGAGGAUUUACUAUAAGAAAAGAGUUCAGAAGAGCAAAGACCUGCUGUCCAUGCUACAGAAGAGUCCUAUCAGCAGGACAGGCCUGGAGAAGUGGACCAGUCAGAUCUAUCCAGAGCCUGAGGCGGCUUCAGAGGAAGUGCACAUGUUUGACUUGGACUGCUUCCUGUCCGACAUCUCAGACACACUGUUCACCAUGACCCAGAAACCCAGUCCCUGGAGCGGAGACCGCCAAAACAUGUACACCAGUAAUGCAGACAUGAUCCAGCCCGGCUUGACUCCAUUACAGCCCAGCUUGGACGACCUGAUGGACAUACCAGACAUUUUCCUGAGUUUCCGUGGGCAGCCGAUGGAGCACGUGGUUUAUUCAGACUGCGGCUUCUUUGAGAAUUCGUCUAGCGGGGCGUUUCCUUCAACUGCUUCCUCUGCCGUCCCCAGUCAGAUGAUGCACACAGGAUCUCUGCUCACACAGCCUCCUCUCUCAGCUGAAGGUUUAUCCCAGCCGUCCUCAUCUGUAAACCUACCUGGACCCAGUUAUCCUCGCCAGAACAUCAUCCCCGACAUGAACUUCAACCCCAGUGGUGAAACCUCAGAGCCCAAGUUCAAAGGGCACUCAGAAUACAUCAGUGACUUCCAUCACUCUCUGAACCUCUCGUCUGGCCUGGUCCCAUACAGUCAGCAGACGUCGUUCAGUGGUCACACCACUGAGAUGCCAGGUGUUAUGGCACAGGAAAGCCCUUACUCAUCAGCCUGCCUCAGACACAGUUAUUCCUCCAGCCAAUCACGGACCUGUGCGGCUGCCACGUCCACGGUCAUCACCCACACUGGUUCUGCCAUGACCGGCCUGCCAUUGGACGCCCAGCAUGGGUACUCCAGCGUGGCUGAGAUGUUUCCUCCUGCCACCUGCAUGUCUUUGAGCUACCAGCCCAUGAUGGCCACCCCGUCUCUGCCUUCGCCCGGCGUCUCUCACUGCUUCUCUGUGCCGCAGCAGGUGGGAGUGGCCACUGGCAGGGGGAAGCACAAACAAAAGACAGGAGGAGCCCAAUUGGUUCCCAGGGUGAUGACUUCAUCUACAGCCCCGCCCACUCAGACGAGCUGCCUGGCCAAUCUGCUCACUUCCAGAUCUCAAGAGCGAAAACCAUCGUUGAGUUUUGAUGCUCCAUCAGCAGGGUUAAAAGGCCGCAGACCAACGUCACCCAUCUCUCCGCGAAAGAGCAGCAGUCGUGGAGGAUCGCAGAUUUCCCACAAUCCCCCCUGGGCCUCUACUGCAGUCCCUCCACUGUCACCGUUACAUUGUCAGAUGCACAUGUCAACCCAUGGCCACAGCGGCAGCCCGCAGGGAAGCACCAUCUCCUCACUGCUCACGCAACAAACGCCACUUCUCAUCCCCAAAACAGAAGAACUUUCCCCAGGACAAAUGCACGCAAGUGACAGGACCAGUUUAACAGUUAGCUUUUCAGGAAACAUGGGACAGACAUCACCUACGAAUCCACCAGAGAAAAGCCCAGAGUCGUUGCCUGGACAAGCCAAGAUGGAGUCCACAAGAACGGACACACGACGGAUCACACACAUUUCUGCCGAGCAGAAGAGACGGUUCAACAUCAAGCUCGGCUUUGACACGUUACACAGUCUGGUGACGACUCUCAGCUCACAGCCCAGUAUAAAGAUCAGUAAGGCCACGACGCUGCAGAAGACAGCGGACUACAUCAGUAAGAUGCAGCAGGAGAGAGCUCAGCUCCACGAGGAGGCCCAGAGACUCCGAGACGAGAUCCUCACGCUUAACUCUGCCAUCAAUGUGUGUCAGCAGCAGCUUCCGGCUACAGGUGUCCCAAUAACACGACAGCGCUACGACCACAUGAGGGAGAAGUUCAGAGAGUACGUGAGGACUCAAACGCUGCAGAACUGGAAGUUCUGGGUCUUCAGCAUCCUCAUCGAGCCGCUGUUCGAGUCGUUUAACGGUAUGGUGUCCACAGCCAGUGUGGAUGAUCUGUGUCGCAGCACUCUGUCCUGGCUGGACCAGCACUGCUCUCUGCCCGCGCUCAGACCCACUGUUUUGAGCUCCCUCCGUCUGCUCUGCACCUCCACAUCAAUCCUCUCAGACCCCAGUCUGGUUCCCGAACAGGCCGUCCAGGCCGUCUCUCACGGACAUUCAUCCCACAGCUACAGCCAAUGACAGCACACGCUCUCAAAACCACAGCCAAUCACACGACCCACAUGCGCAUCCAAUCAGAACACUCGUCAACAGCAGCGACCAAUGGCAAUUUAUAGCCUCACAAAUGUAGCCAAUGAUGCUCUUUCCCACAAAUGUGCAAGUGUUUAUUGAUGGUAAAGUGACUACAGCUUUGGUUGAGUUUUUAUUAUUUAUAGGAAAACAGAGAUGAUGAUCAGAAUUGAUGCGGAGAAGAGAGGAAUUGAUGAUGUGUGCCAGAUUGAAACUCAGUGGGUUCAAUAUAUUGUGUUCAGUUUAUUUUUCACAUGCCGAUUAAUGCCCCAGCAUACAUUUUGUUCAAGUUCUGUUCAUGUUAUUGUUUUGUAAUUCUCAUAAAAUUAUCAGUCAGUGUGAGUGUGAUACAGUGGGGCAUACUAUUUAUAACUGUGCCUUGUUUAGGUUUCCACAUGUAAUUUCAGCUUUCAACAAUUCCUUGCAGGAAUAAAUGUUAGAUCUUUUUUUCUUAAAGUGUGUUUGUCUUACAGUGAUCAAAUGGCAAAUCGCACACAUACGGUGAGCUUUGGUGUCCCAUAAGAUUUUGUAAAGCAUUAGAGGCACAAAUCCCAUGUUUUUUUUCCCCUAUUUGUGAAACUAUUAUCUAGCGCACUGUAAAAUUUAACUAGAAUGAAAAUAAUUAAAAUGUUACAGAAAAUGUA